AUGAGCGGGGCCGGCGCGGCGCUAGCCUCGUCGGCAUUGGGCCUCUGCGGGGAGGACGGGAGGGCGGAGUGGCUGCGCUUCUACGAUCAGGUCGAGGCGCAGGUGGAGGCGCUGGCCGCCGACCGCGCGCAUCUAGAGGCGACAAGGGGCGAGGGGGAGGAGGCGCCCGCCGCUUGUAAGACACCGCCCAUUGUCUCGUACCCGUCCUCCACAUUCAGGGUUAAUUUUGGUCCCCAACUCCAAGAGGGUGAUCUGGAGGAUGUCAGAGCUUGUAGAGGUCUUCUUGCCCUACCAAGCACUGAAUCUAAGCCGAAGGAAGUUCAAGAUCGUCUAGAGCUUGGUGAAGACACUGGGGAUCAUGAGCACAGUGUAAAAGUGCUGAGAGCAAACCUUAGAAAACUAAAGGGAGCUUUUGAGACCCUGAUGUCCAAGAAGGAUAAGGAUAUUUAUUCAGUAAAAGUUGUUCUUUUGAACCAGUUGAAUACAAUGGAAAAGGAAAGCAUGCUCUCUGAGAACAAGAAACUAGAGGCAGCACAAGCUACUGAAGAAGCGAAGAAGCUUCAGCAGAACGUACAGGCGCUGCGCGUCGCAACUCAAAACAAGGACAAUGAGAUUGGCAGACUCCAUGCAGAAGCUCUUGUGGCUCAACAGAAGCUACAUGAAAUGGAUUCCUUGCUGAAGGAGAAAGAUGAAAGUAUUGAAAAACUCCAUACGGAAAACAUUGGAUUACAUGCUGUAAAGGAUUUUGUUUGGAGCCAGUUCCGGAUAAAGGAGCAGGAGCUGCUGGACUACGCCAUGCUUCUUAAGAACAAGGAAGUGGCAGCAGCACAAGCUACUGAAGCAGCGCAAAAGCUAGUAAAGGAGAAUCGCACGAUGGAGGCAGAAGUUGUUGAUUAUGGAAACAAGUUAUUGAUUCUAGAGGAUAAGCUAAAGGAGACGCGCUCCUUGGUGAAGGAGAAAGAUGAAGAAAUCCAAGAACUCAGGAAUCGCCAACCUGAGACCACGAGUCUGAAGCGCAAGUGCGCCUCUUCCUUGUCAAAUGAGACUAGUAAAAAGCGCAGGAGGAUAUCAUUGGGAUGCAUAUAGCUUCUAUUCGGCGAUGCAAGUCCGGCAGACAGUGCUUUGGACGUCGCACAGUGAGUCUCCCUUCAGUCACCAUUUCCCAUCCCAACUCCGUAUCU